GGACAUGCGUUAGUUUACGGGACGGAAAAGUGAUUGCACAUUUUCUUAUUGACCUGGCCGCUCUCAGACUUUUCUCUGCCGCAACAAAAGACUACACAAGAGACUGACAGACGACAGACUAUCUACUGCUAAGUGCUAAGAUUUAUCUUUUAGGGUGAGACAAAUUGCAUAGAAGUGUGGAUGUAUAAUUUUAGAUAAAAUUUUACAUAUAUUGUGUGUGCAAAAAGAGCAACUUGUGCCUGACUUUAAAAAUUUAUGAUUAACACGUUCUGAGUGAGAUUAAAAAAAAAUAUUUAUGUUUUAUUUAGUAAAUCCGUUAGGUGAGCUUUGAGAUGUUGCUAGAUUAUGCAUUUCUAAAAAAAUAGACCCCACACAACACAUGUAUUGUAUAUGGGACGUUGUCACAAAAACAAAAUCACUCAGAUGUAUUGAUUUUAAUAUGGAUCUAAGCAAAUUUUGAAUCUGUUUGGCUAGUUUUUGGUCACAAAUGCCGACAUUAGAAACAGAUGAAAAUUUACAGAAAAGUAUUGCGUAUGUUAUAUUGUAAAGUUUUUCUUUUGUUUUUUAGAUUUUAUAGCAAGCACGUUAAGAUCAUAUUUCUGUAACAAAAAACAAAAAUGGAUAAAAUAAUAGAUAUACUAAAUAAGAAAUUAGGUACACGUAUAAAAGAACUUUCAGAACAAUAUAGGAAACUCAAGACUGAUGAGGAACGUGUAAUAUUUACUUCUAAUGUUAUGCGAGACUAUUAUAUUAUUCCUAAUGCAACUGGAAUGCCAAAAGAUGCCAAAAAAUCAGAGGAACUACGAGAAAAUGGCAAUAAAACCUUUGUCAAAGGUGGUCUUGAUAAUAUGACAUGUGUAGACGCACUGAAAUUAUAUACUAAGAGUAUAGCCUUUGCGCCUUAUCCGUCUGAGCAACUUGCACUGGCAUAUGCCAACAGAUCGGCGGUUUUGUUUCAACUAGGAUUGCAUUUAGAAUGUGUUUUGGACAUUGAUCGAGCAUUAGCUUUCAAUUAUCCAGACAAUCUGAAAGCAAAGCUUUAUAUUCGCAAAGCAGAAUGUUUAAUGAUUCUGGAAAGUUGUUCCACAGAAGAUACUCUUAAAGAGGCCCAGCAUUGGCUAGAGAUGUCUCAGAAGGAUGCAAAUCAAGAGAAGUUGAGAGCAAAGCUCAAUGUUUUACAUCGUAAGACUGUACAAAUCAAACCAAAUGUUCAAAAUCCUUUGAGAGAAGCACAAAUAAAGGAAUCUCCUCUUCCUACUAUUAUACCUCAAAAUAAUGAAGUUCCUUGCGCAUCAGAUGCAGUAGCUAUAAAGUACAAUAAACGUUAUGGCAGACAUGUUGUUGCCACUCGUAACAUUCGUCCAGGUGAGGUAAUUGCGGUGGAAAAGCCUUAUUCAAUGAUGUUAACGCAAGAGAACAUGCAAACACACUGUUCAAAUUGUUUGAGAGUAUGUUGGGCAAAUAUACCUUGCAACUACUGUACUUAUGCUAUGUAUUGCUCGGAAGAGUGCAAAUAUGCGGAGUGGAAAAAAUGUCAUGAUGUGGAAUGUGCUGUCUUUCCCUGUUUAGUUGAAAGAUCUUUUUUGAAUCUUGAUUUCUUCAGUUUAAGACUUGCCAUACUUGCUGUGAGAGAAGCUGGCAGUAUACAGCAAUUAAAAACCAUGCUACAGGAAGUUGACAAAUGCGAUGAUCCUCGAACAAAGGGGUUUUCUCAAGAUGGGAGACUGCAUAGCGAUCGAUACAUCGGCAUAUACAGUCUUGUAACGAAUACAGAGAAAAGAGCAGGGAAUGAUCUCUUCAGAAGAUCUUUAGAUACGUCUUUUAUUUUAUACUUUUUAGCGACGCGCACCGCGAUGUUUGGCGCUAAACUAUCCGAAGAUUUGGAAUUGUUGGCGAAAAAUAAGGACGUAACGUUUAUCGGUGGUCUUAUUAUGAGACACCAGCAGAUCAUUCCCAGCAAUAUUCACAGUAUUCACGAGGAACAAGGCUUGGAUCAUGUGAAACGUGGUGUAGCUGCUAUGCCAUUUUUCAGCCUGUUUAAUCACAGCUGCGAUCCAAAUGUACUGAGGCAUUCGAGAGCUGAGCACGUAGUGAUGUACGUCAUGUAUCCCAUUAAAAAGGGCGAGCAGCUUUUAGAUAGCUAUGGUGAACAUUGUGCUCUCUACGACCGAGAAGUCAGACGAAAGAAGCUACUCAAGCAGUAUUAUUUCACAUGUGAUUGCAUACCGUGCCAAGAAAACUGGCCCUUAUAUCACGAACUACAGUCAUACAAUACUUUGGUGAAGAAAACGGCGGACAAGGUGAAGAUACAAGAGGCGUUACGCAAGUUAAAUACAUAUAUCGAUAUAGCGGCAGACGAUAAGGUACUGGACAAACCUUACGUCAUCGAAGAUUUACUAAUGAUGGUGCAAGUACUGCACGAUUGCGCGCCGAUGCCUUGUUUGGAGAUGAACAACGUCAUUGAGACGUUGAAGCGAGUGUACGAUUUGAAUGGGAAUAGAUUUGAAAUACCAAAAUUGUGGAAAAGCGAAAAAUAAGGGAGGGGAUGUUUUGUUAUACAGAGUAGGGAAAAAAGUGGGAAUUUUCUAAAAUAAUUCGAGAAAUGACGUUUUUGGAAAAAAAAGUGUAAAUACAAAAGUAGGAUUUUGAGAGAGGAAUGCAACGGUGACCGUGAACUAGGGGGGGGGGGGGUCAAAUUCAGAAGUCAUCUGAAGGUCAAAGUAAAAUUUUCAAAUGGAGGACACCUAUUGCUAUACUGAAAAUAGAAAGAGCAAAUUUUACAUUUAGACAUGUAGUCAUGUUUAAAGAUGUCGAGGCUUAUAGGUCUACGGUUUAAGGAUUUCAAGGCUUGAAGGUCUACGAUGUAAGGAAAGUUUUGUAUUUACAAUGUUUUUCCAAAAACAUUCUCGAGUUAAUUUAAGGUUUCUAACAUUUUUUCUCACCCUGUAUUUUUUGACUGACAAAUUAUAAGCAUUCUUUCGAGUAGAAUGCAAUAAAUAAAGAAAGAUAAAAACUUUUUUUUUUGUAGUAUUUUUUUUUUGUUUCUACAGUGUGUGAUUUUAACGUAAGAAGGUAACUUAUAGAGAUUCCUUGAAAGAGAUUUAUAUAUUUUUCUGUUUAAUACUUUAUAUGUAUGUGUAUAUACAUAUGUAUAUACAGGGUGUUCGACAA